AAAAUGUUGACGACAACGUAGGUUUAAGGAGGGUUUAAUGGCGGCCACAUUGGCUCUCUUCCCCAUUCUCCCACUAUUUUGAGAUCCUUACCUUCGCUCCUUCCCUUUUCUCUUUGAAUUCCUCGUCUUCAAGCUUGUUUGCUCAGUUUCUCAUUUCCUGAAAGUAUUUCGGAGAAGCUGCGUUUGUGAACCAUCAUAUUUUCAUCUUCUCCAUAUCCAUCAACAGCCUUCUGGAUUGCUUGAACUCGUUGUUUCAGGAAUUGGGAAUCCCUGGAACCAAAGAAUGUGGAGAAACAUUGUCAAAAGAAUUGCUUCAAGGAAGACUACGUUCUUCUCCGAGUUGUCGUCUUCUAUUAGAUCUUCCAGGACGCUCGAAAGCUUGAACACAUGUUGCCAAUCAGCGGUUUCUCGUAGAAUCAGCUUUCUCCAUCCCCACAAAGUUGGAUUUACGAACUCCAGUUUCCCACAUUCAAGCAAUCCGGUAGCUUUUUAUGGGGUUCUAAACCAUGCCAACGGCUACGCUACUGCUGCUGAGGCAGCCAUAUCCGAGGAGGAUUUAUCGGGCUCCGAAGAAAUUCAGGAAUUGCUGGAAGAGCUAAGCAAGCAAGAGAAGAUCGAGUCUCACUUUAAGCAGCCCAAGAAUAUGGUCGAUGGAGUGGGGGUAACCAAGUACAAUACGCUACGGAAGAGACAGAUAAAGAUGGAGACAGAAGCGUGGGAAGAGGCUGCUAGAGAAUACCAAGAACUUUUAAAGGAUAUGUGUGAGCAGAAGCUGGUGCCCAAUUUACCUUACAUGAAGUCUUUAUUCCUUGGUUGGUUCGAACCUUUGCGUGAUGCAAUUGCUGCGGACCAAGAAUUUUGCAAGGAUAAGAAGAGUAGAGUGUCUCAUGCUCCUUAUUUUGAUCUUCUACCGGCAGAUAUGAUGGCAGUGGUUACAAUGCAUAAGUUAAUGGGGUUGCUGAUGAGUAGCACUGUAGGAAAUGGUGGUGUCAGGGUAGUCCAAGCUGCUUGUCAGAUAGGAGAAGCAAUUGAACAAGAGGUUAGAAUACACAAAUUCCUUGAGAAGACAAAGAAGAACAGUAAUGGAAAAAUUAUUGAAGAAGAAACUGAGCCGCAACAGGAGAACCUAGCAAAAGAUCAAGACAGAUUGAGGAAAAAAGUCACCAAACUGAUAAAACAACAGAAGUUACAGCAAGUGAAGAUGAUAGUCAAGGAGCAUGAUGAUUUAAAGCCUUGGGGCCAGGAUGCUCAUGUGAAGGUAGGUUGCCGUUUGAUUCAGUUGUUGAUGGAAACAGCUUACAUUCAACCUCCAGUUGAUCAGUUAGGAGCAGGUCCACCUGAUAUUCGCCCCGCAUUUGUCCAUACUCUUAAAAACGUCACACAAGGAGGACAGAAGACUAGCAAGAGAUAUGGUGUUAUUGAAUGUGAUCCACUUGUUCGCAAAGGUCUGGAGAAAACUGCUAGACACAUCGUCAUUCCGUAUAUGCCUAUGCUGGUGCCUCCUCUUAAUUGGACAGGAUAUGACAAAGGGGCAUACUUAUGCCUACCAUCAUAUGUUAUGCGAAUACAUGGGGCAAAACAGCAACGUGAAGCAGUUAAAAGGGCCCCGAGAAAGCAAUUAGAGCCUGUUUUUGAGGCACUUGAUACACUUGGAAGAACCAAAUGGAGGGUGAAUAAAAGAGUUCUUAGCAUUAUCGACAGGAUAUGGGCUAAUGGUGGUCGUCUUGCUGACUUGGUUGACCAUGAAGAUGUUCCUCUGCCAGAGGAGCCAAGCGUGGAAGAUGAAGCAGAAAUUCGGAAAUGGAAGUGGAAAGUCAAGGCUGUGAAAAAGGAGAAUAGUGAGAGGCAUUCACAGCGGUGUGAAACAGAGGUUAAGCUUGUGGUGGCCAGGAAAAUGAAAGAGGAGGACGGCUUUUACUAUCCUCACAACCUAGAUUUUCGAGGUCGUGCAUAUCCCAUGCAUCCAUAUUUGAAUCAUCUUGGUUCUGAUUUGUGUCGAGGAAUUCUAGAAUUUGCAGAGGGACGACCUCUUGGAGAGUCAGGGUUACGUUGGUUAAAGAUACAUUUAGCAAAUCUGUAUGGUGGUGGUGUGGAUAAGUUAUCUUUUAAGGAUCGAGUAUCAUUUACCGAGAACCAUUUGGAUGAGAUUUUUGAUUCUGCAGACAGGCCUCUUGAAGGAAACCGUUGGUGGUUGGGUGCAGAGGAUCCUUUUCAGUGCUUAGCAGUGUGUAUUAAUCUGUCAGAGGCAUUAAGAAGUCCCUCGCCAGAAACAACUAUUUCCCAUAUGCCUGUACAUCAGGAUGGUUCCUGCAAUGGCUUGCAACACUACGCAGCUCUUGGGAGGGACAAGUUGGGAGCAGAAGCCGUUAACCUUGUAGCAGGUGAUAAGCCCGCAGAUGUGUACUCGGAAAUUGCUUCCAGAGUUCUUGACAUAAUGCGAAGUGACGCAGAGAAAGAUCCUGCUAGUAAUCCAUUUGCGUUGCAUGCUAGAUUCUUAAUCAAUCAGGUGGAUCGUAAACUGGUGAAGCAAACAGUCAUGACAUCAGUGUAUGGUGUUACUUAUAUUGGUGCCCGAGAUCAGAUUAAAAGAAGGUUGAAAGAACGAGCAUCCAUUGCUGAUGAUGAUGAUGCACAGUUAUUUGGGGCUUCUUGCUAUGCAGCUAAAACUACCUUGACUGCUUUGGGGGAAAUGUUUGAAGCAGCAAGAAGUAUCAUGAGCUGGCUUGGUGAAUGUGCAAAGGUAAUAGCUUCAGAAAAUCAGCCAGUUCGAUGGACCACUCCUCUUGGACUACCAGUGGUGCAACCUUACCGGCAACUAGGAAGACAACUUAUCAAGACGUCCUUGCAAGUGUUGACUCUACAACGAGAAACUGACAAGGUCAUGGCUAAACGUCAGAAAACAGCAUUUCCUCCAAAUUUUGUACAUUCCCUCGAUGGUUCUCAUAUGAUGAUGACUGCAGUCGCCUGCAAAAGAGCAGGCCUAAACUUUGCAGGAGUCCAUGAUUCAUAUUGGACCCAUGCAUGCGAUGUUGAUGAGAUGAACAGAAUACUUAGGGAAAAGUUUGUUGAGCUAUAUGAGGCCCCUAUUCUGGAGAAUUUAUUGGAGAACUUCCAAAAGUCCUUCCCCACGUUAAAAUUUCCUCCCUUGCCUGAUCGGGGAGACUUCGAUCUCAAAGAUGUUCUGCAGUCUCCCUAUUUCUUCAAUUAGUUCAAUCUAAGAAUGAUUCAGUUGGAUGCUCUCUUAUUUGCUAUGUCUGUGGUUAACAUCAGACCUAUGGAAUGGUAGUAAUCUGCGAUUUAUUGAAAUCAGCCUCUGGAGGCAAGUAAAGUUUGCUUCUUGAACGAGACAAGCAUGGCCUGGGGUCAAACUGGUCAAGGUCAGUGCUGUGCUGAUACUUGUACAUAUACUUCAGAUUUUGGUAUUCUAUACACAUAUCUUGGAACUUGGAAGUUCAUCUGCUUUUCACACAUUCACUCAGACUUGAGAUAAUAACGAAAAUGCUGCAUUUGGGAGGGAGCUACAGAGUUUCUACCCUCAUGGUGCUCUGAUUCUGACGAAAGCUCGGAUACACUGCACCCAAUCAGGGAUUCAGCAAUGCUGACAGACAUGGCUUUCAAAGUGAUAGACAAAGGAAGACCUUGGCCCAAGCUCUUGUUAAUUUGAAGAGGAGAGAUUCAUGGUCAUCCUAUUCCAUGGUUUCGGAUUCCUGGAAACUCACAGACGACACUUCCAAAGAUCAGCUGGAGUAUUGUCAUGUAGUUUCAAGUGUAAUCAUAAUUUUUAGUUAUUACAUAUUAUUUGUGUAAAGUUCGAGGAAAGUUUUGCUGUGGGGCCUCUUUUUGGUUUCUGUGUUUUAAAUAAUUUAUUCAUUCACUGUUCGAACGAAGAAAUAUAGUAUCUACUUUCGUUGGGGUCAAAA